AUGACUCGAGCGAAGUUGGGCUGCAGAAUCUUUUCUGUACAUCUUCCACCCAAUCUUGGUGGAUACAAUAUAAAGAUACGGGAUUCUUGUCUUCUAUCAGUCCACUGCUCAAGGGGCUUCAAAGGAGUCCAUACCAGCGUUAAGAGCAUAACUUGUUUCAUUCCGUUUCAAUCAACAGCCAAAAAUUGGAAAGAAAAUUCAGCAGUUGCAACUGACGAUAGAGUCGUUAUGGACAUUGUUCAGGAUCUGCCCUGCUUCAGUAUUGAUCAGUCAAGCCUGAUGCACAUUGUUGAGAUGAGAAGCCUUGAUCAGCUCCAUAAAUUUGGAGGCGUUCAUGGGAUUGCUAAUUCUCUUAAUAGUGAUGUGCAUCGUGGAAUAGAUAGCGAUGACAAUGCAGGUAUUUCACGUAGGCAUGAAGCCUUUGGUACUAACACAUAUAGCAAGGCUGCUGGAAAGAAUUUGUUCCAUCUUGUUUGGGAAGCUUUUGAUGAUUCGAAACUCAAUAUUUUCCUGGCUUUUGCUAUGAUGGCUCUUAGUUUUGACAUUAAGAGCAAUGGACGAAUGGAAGGGCUGUAUGAUGGUGGAAGCAUAUUUUCUGCUGUUCUUGUUGUCCUAUCCAUCGUGGCCAGUACUGAUUUCAGGAAAAACAGAAACUUCAGCGAGAACUUCAUGGUUAGUGACAGUAGUCCUGUUGAAGUCAUGAGAAAUGGCAAGCUGAAGUAUAUUUCAACGUCAGAGGUUGCUGUUGGAGAAGUUAUAUGCUUGAAGAUUGGGGACCAAGUACCUGCUGAUGGACUGCUCAUUGAAGGGCAAGCUUUACGUGUUGAUGAAUCCAGCAUGACUACGACUGGAAGUUUUCAUGAUCAUGAAAUUAAGCAUCAUGACCAGAAUCCGUUCCUGUUUUCUGGCACCAAGGUGACUGUCGGAUGUGCUCGAAUGCUUGUUACAUCUGUUGGGAUGAAUACAACUCGAGGAAGGAUGCUAAGUUCAAUGAGCAAGAAAAAGAAAUUAUAA